GAUGCUGCUGCUGCUGAUUCUCGUCCUUCUCCCAGCAUUGGUUCAUUCUGCUGUUGGAAAGCACACAUUCAGUGUGGUGUAGUCUGUAGAGCCAUCCCAUCCAUCUUCAUGGAACUCAAUUUCUUCGUGGUUGGAAAAAGAAUGAGGAAUUUCGACAAGGGUAAAGAUCCCAUCAGCUUCAAUUUGGUUGAUCCGGUCCAGAGGAAUUACCAUGAGUGUCCCCACCGGAAGAUGGACACACGAUCCGGUUCGGAGCCGAUAAUCCAGAUGAAUUUAAUUCCUUUUCGAGUUGUAAUAAUUGAAGAUUUUCACAUAUUUUCCUCAUUACUG